UGUAGAGCUGAAAGCAUUGAGAAACCGCCAGAAAGUGAUUGGAAUAGUCGGCAUGAGGUAAAAGUUAAAAGGAAACCCAAUUUUCUUAAAGAUUAUCUGAUUGAUUACACAUCAAAUUCAAAUCUUCAUGGUCUCAAAUAUAUUGGAGAGAAGCAGAGAACUUCACUUGAAAGGGUUUUCUGGCUGUUCAUAUUUACUUGCUGCGUGGUACUUUGUGCUGGUUUAAUAAGAAAAGUGUGGAUAAAAUGGAAUGUGAGUCCAGUCAUAGUCAGCUUUGCAGAAUCAUCCACCCCAGUGUGGCAGAUACCAUAUCCAGCUGUGACAGUCUGCUUGGAAACAAAAGCUAAACAGUCCGUGUUCAAUUUUACAGAAUAUUAUCACCUUUAUAAUGAUUCCGGUACACGUGAAAACCUAACUACUUACGAACGAAAUAUGUAUGAAGACUUGACGCUUGUUUGUGAUGAUCAUCUCGCUCCUGUUGGAGGAAGAAAAUUUGGUUACGGCAAUGACACUGUUGUAAACAUAAAAGAGGUGUCACCGAACAUAACAGAUACAUUUUUUGGAUGUAAGUGGAAAGAUAUCCCCAAAGAAACAUGUUCGGAUCUUUUCUCGCCUAUACUCACAGAGGAAGGACUAUGUUAUACAUUUAAUAAUUUAGGUGCUAAUGAACUUUUCAGAAUGGAAAACAUACAUAAAGAUUAUCAAUAUCUUGAACAUAAAAACCUAGCAAAAUCUUGGUCUUUAGAAGAUGGCUACGCACCGAUGACUCCUAUAGAAACAUAUCCCCAUAGAGGAUCUGGAUAUGGUGCAAAAGCCGGAUUGACAUUCUUGAUGAAAUCAAAACAAAUCGAUUUGGAUUUUCUUUGUAGAGGACCUGUACAAGGAUUUAAGAUUUUGCUGCAUAACCCAGCGGAAUUGCCUCGACUUUCACAACAGUAUUUUCGGUCUCCAUUAUCGCAAGAAGUUGUCGUUGCUGUUAAACCGAAAAUGAUGACCACCUCUGAGGGUCUGAGGGCGUAUGAUCCCAGCAGACGCCAGUGCUAUUUUCCUAGCGAGAGAUAUCUCAAUUAUUUUAAAAUCUAUACUCAAUCUAACUGUGAAAUGGAGUGUUUAACAAACUUUACAUAUGCACGAUGUGGCUGUGUUCAUUUCGGAAUGCCACACGGCCCGGAGAUGAAGGUAUGCAAUGCUGGCAGCAUGGCUUGCAUCAAAAAAGUACAAAUGGAGCUCGUAGUGGCAGAAGUGGAAGCUGGUUUAGAGAAGACGUAUGAACAGAACGAUACAAUUGGUGAGGCGAGAGAGAUAGCCUCCCGCUGUAGAUGUCUGCCAGCCUGCACCUCUAUCGAGUACGAAGCGGAGACCUCCCAGGCAGACUAUGAUUGGAAAGCUAUAUUUAGAGCCUACAGAUUAGAUAUACCAGCUGAAAUGAAUGACAUGAUGUAUUCACGUGUAAUGAUUUUCUUCAAAGAGCCACAGUUCAUAACAUCGCGACGAUCUGAACUCUACGGCCAGACGGACUUCCUUGCCAAUUGUGGCGGUCUUCUUGGGCUUUUCAUGGGUUUCUCUAUUCUGAGCGUGAUCGAAAUUCUAUACUUUUUUACAUUGAGACUAUGGUGUGUUAUUUGGAAUCGUCGCCGUAAUAAGAAAAAUUGUUCCGAUCUCCUCAAAGCUGCUGAUGUGGCCGCAAAACCUGAUAAGCAAAAUUACUGCGAUUAAACAAGUAUCAACUUUUAAUGUUAAUACCUAUUCCUCAUUUGUUACUUUAUGAAGUUAUCCUAAUAUUCAAUUACAAUUAUUGUUAGAAAUAACGCAUCAUAAAUUUUUAAAAUUUCUUAA